AUGACUCGAGCUCUGGUAGACGAGUUCAUGGAGAAUGGUUCGCUUGACAGGUUAUUGUUCAGUGAAGAAAUUACCUUGAUCGAAUGGCCAAAACUCCAUGAGAUCACGAUCGGGACAGUAAAGGGUACUGCCUAUUUGCAUGAGGAGUGCCAAGAGAGGAUCGUCCAUUACGAUAUAAAGCCCGGUAAUGUGCUCCUGGAUAGAAACAUGAGCCCCAAGGUAGUGGAUUUCGUUCUCUCCAAGCUCGGUAACGAUGAAGGGAGCCGUUACAUAAUUGAGAAUGCUGGUACAAUAGGAGCAGGUAAGGAACACUAUAUCUUGGGCAUUUUGUCGAGGAUGCAAGACAUGAGGCAAGUUGAUAUGAUCCAGCUAGAGGACCCUUCACAAGGGUAUGAGGAAGAAUCCCAGGAUGACAGGGUCGGGCAUGAAGGCGAGCUUUGGGAUAAGCAUGAGCCAGCUAGAGCAAGUACAAGAGCACGAGUCAAGCGAAUCCAACAAGCUAUGCAAAGGUUGUUAUUGCAUGUCCAUGGAGGAGUAGUCGAGCUCUUGGGCGAGCUGCAUGUGGAACAAGAAGUCACGAUUGUUCAUAUUUUAGAAAUCUAUUUAGAAGAUGAUCUCAAUUUAAAUGGCUGA